AUGCAAGGAAUACGUUGGUUGAGUUACACCCGUGUACAUUUAAUCAAAAAGCACAAGCUACCACCAAGACCUAAAUUUACACCUUCAUUAGAGUCACAAUGUGAAGAGAAGUUUUUACAUGGUGGUAGAGGACCCGGUGGUCAAAAGAUUAACAAGUGCAAUUCCAAAGUUCAGUUGAAGCAUUUGCCAACAGGUAUUGUGGUUGAAUGUCAACAGACAAGAUCUAGAGAUCAGAACAGAAAGAUUGCCAGGGAAAAACUAGCAUUGGAAAUCGAAAGAGCCAAUACACCAGGUCAAAGUGGAACCAUCAGGGAGAAGGCAUUACAGCAAUGGCAUCAACAGAGUAAGAAGUCUAAGGAGAGGAAGGCUAAGGGCAAGCAUGAGCAGCAUCGUCAAGAAAGGGAACUACAAGAGUUGGAAAAAUUGAAACAGGAGCAAGACAUCAUUAAGAGUAUGAUGGGGUCAUGA